CUUUUUUCACUCUCUUUGCUCUGCUAGUCCUUUUAAAGUUCCGUAGAGGAACAGAAAAUACACACGAUAAUAUCACCUGAAAAAGGAAGAGAAAAAAGCGCACUUUGGUUAAAAUUUUGACACUAAAACGGAAGACAUAAUUCACAUGAAAGAUAGAUAUCGCGCUUUUAUUUUAUUUAAAUUAUUAUUAGCUAGCUAUCGAUAGUAGGAAUAAGUUAGCCAGAUAGCUAUACUAGCUAACAUUAGCUAUCGAUAGCUAGCUAAUAAUAAUCUUUAGAGUCAGUCCCUCUGUUAAAUAACGAUAAAGUACAAGCUAAGUUUAAUAAAUUAGCUACACAUUUGGGCAUUAUUUUGGGUGGGGGUUGUAUUUUUACUUCGACGACGAAGGAGAGCUACGGAGAGAGAAAGACCGUCUGAAAACGACAAAAAAUAAAGUAAAAUGGCGGAGCCGGACAAAUUAAACAUUGACUCCAUAAUACAGCGUCUCCUAGAAGUGAAGGGCUCCCGGCCCGGCAAGAACGUGCAGCUGACGGAGAACGAGAUCCGCGGCCUCUGCCUCAAGUCCCGCGAGAUCUUCCUCAGCCAGCCGAUCCUGCUGGAGCUGGAGGCGCCGCUCAAGAUCUGCGGCGACGUGCACGGCCAGUACUACGACCUGCUGCGGCUCUUUGAGUACGGGGGCUUCCCCCCGGAGAGCAACUACCUGUUCCUGGGCGACUACGUGGACCGAGGCAAGCAGAGCCUGGAGACCAUCUGCCUGCUGCUGGCCUACAAGGUCAAAUACCCCGAGAACUUCUUCCUGCUGCGCGGCAACCACGAGUGCGCCUCCAUCAACCGCAUCUACGGCUUCUACGACGAGUGUAAGAGGAGGUAUAACAUCAAGCUAUGGAAGACGUUCACGGACUGCUUCAACUGCCUGCCCGUGGCCGCCAUCGUCGACGAGAAGAUCUUCUGCUGCCACGGCGGCCUGUCCCCGGACCUGCAGUCGAUGGAGCAGGUUCGGAGGGUGAUGCGCCCCACGGACGUGCCGGACCAGGGCCUGCUGUGCGACCUGCUCUGGGCCGACCCGGACAAGGACGUGCUGGGCUGGGGGGAGAACGACCGCGGCGUCUCCUUCACCUUCGGCGCCGACGUGGUGGCCAAGUUCCUGCACAAGCACGACAUGGACCUCAUCUGCAGGGCACACCAGGUAGUGGAGGAUGGGUAUGAGUUCUUUGCGAAGCGACAGCUGGUCACUCUGUUCUCCGCCCCCAACUACUGCGGCGAGUUCGACAACGCUGGCGCCAUGAUGAGCGUGGACGAGACCCUCAUGUGCUCCUUCCAGAUCCUGAAGCCUGCGGAUAAGAAGCUCUAUUACACUGGAGGGGGGGGCAUGGGAUCCGGACGUCCCGUCACCCCCCCUCGAAAUUCAGCUAAGGGUGGAAAAAACAAGAAAUAACACCCGCUUCACAGCCCCCCCCCCCUUCUCCACCUGCUCUCCUCUACCUCCUCCUCCUCCUCUUCAUCACCAAACAGCAACGAAGCAAAACAGUUCCCAGGGUUUAGUCUUUCUCUCUUAAUUCUUGAUGCUGAUAAUGCGUAAAUGUUUUAAAAUGUGAGUGCGCGUGUGAGAAGUUUCAUCUGUGUCAUACCCCCCCCCCACCCCCCCACCCCACCACACACACAUGCUCGCACACACACAAACACAUACACACACACACACACACACACCAUUACCUCCCUGCAUCCCUCUGCCUCUGAGAGUGUGUGUCAUCACCAUGCUGUAUAAGGGGGGGUGGGUCCAGGAGCACAUCUACACUGUUUAUAUGGGGCCCUCCCCUGUUUUACUGUUAAACACAGCUCUGUGUUAGUCCUGUACAGCAGCCGGGGAUGGGGUGGGGUGGGGUGGGUGUGGGGGGGGGGGUAAAUAAUAUGACCGACACACGCGAGUCAGGGCUCGGUAAGUGUACAGGCAAAGACCAAGGGGGCCCAUUUUGUACAGACUCUCUCCCGCGCUUGAACUCUGCAAAUUCACACGCAUUUCAGGUCCGACAUCCAAUUAAAUGUUCUGUAGAUGGAUCGCAGCACUCUUUUUUUUUUUUUAAAUUUUUUUUUUAAAUAUAAAUAAUCCUCUUGCCAGAACCUGAUGUUGACUGGAGAGAGAGAGGGAAGCUAAUUUAAGACAGAGACGAGCUGUGCGCUGUGCGCUGCUCGCGUCGGUGCAGAGCCCUGGGUUUGUCUGUACCGCGCCGUCCGCUCUCUCUCCCGUGCCCCCGAAGUCUGUCCCCGUUCUAAACGACGUGCUGUCUGCGGAUUUCUGAUUGGUUCAGGGUGUCGAUUUGGCUCUGAGGCGAUUCGCCCUCUCCACUUCCUGUAGUUUCUGUCCUUCGGAGGAGUCCUGUGGCCGCGCACACUCCCUCUCUCUGUCUAGUUAAUUUUCUCUCUCUCUCUCGCUCUGGUUGCUCGCGAACCUUUGGUUCAGUCUGGGUCUUUCGAUUCAUUGUGUUCUCCUGUUCUCCCCCUGGCUUUUUUUUUUUUUUUCCCCCCCUCCUCUGCCCUCCUUCAGUUUGUAGCCGUGGUGACCACUUCAUCUGUAGGCGCAGCAAAGGAAACAGGAAAAUUCCUGCAUUUCGUUGUUUUGUUGGAACUUUUGGACGAAAAAGGUUGUAUUUCAAAUAUUUUGUUUCAACUUUUGGACAAAGAGAGGUUGUAUUUCACUUUGUUUCAACUUUCGAAAGAGUGGUUUCAUUUCAGUUUUUUUUUUUUUUUUGUUACAACUUUUGGAUCCGGUUUAACACGGUCUGCUUAACCCUCACCUUGUGACCAUGAGAACGGAGCCCCUCCCCCCUCCGGGUCAUUGGCCGGGUUUAACCCAGACCAGCGCUGUCCCGCGUUUCUGGCCGAGCUGCACACUCGAGCAGCGGAGACUUACUUAUAGCGCCCUCUGCUGUCCGUUACGUGUACUUGCACAUGGUGGUGUUGCUCCAGGAUUACUGAUUUGAGAAGACAGACGGCAACUAAUUACCACAACUUAGACACACUUUACCGGUCGGGAACAUCUCUUAGUGUUUACCGCUGGAGGACCAGGGUACAAUAGUUUUUUUUUACGUUUGUGCGGAUAAAUGAGGUCUGGCUAUAAUUAGAGACCGCCGUCUAACUCCUGACCCCCGCUUGUUGUGACACCAGGACGAAAGCUGGCGUUUGGAUUGGUGGAUGCAUUGAGAGUCUCCCUUUGAAACCUUAGACGGCAGGAUAUAGCGUGCGAAAGUUCCGCACGGAGGGGCUUUUAUCAUUGUAGCAUAGCAAGUUGGCCAUGGAGAAAAUGUCAUCGUUCACAGCGUCAUUUUGUACGUGCAGCUUUCUCGUGCUAUCGCUUUUUUCUUUCUUCUUUCCUCUUUUUUUUUUAACCUAGAAGGUGAGGCUUUAAGUUUGUAAUACUGCUUUACUGUAAUACAGACAAUCCGAUGUGUUGGAAGCGUACGUAUUUUAAAGGCAAGCCUGAACUCUAUGUAUACAAAAACCAACAGGACAAGUACAGUCUAUCACAAUGUUCCUGACGUGUAAGGUUAGGGGAUCAUGUUACAUGAGUAUACUUCUUAAAUUCCCUCACUUUCUCCAAGCCAUUAGGAGUAUGAUGUCGCUAGACAAAGACAAGCAAAGAUCCAGUGAGAAUGCAAGGGUUUGUUACAAGUCGUAACAAUGAAUUUUAUUACUAUUAUUAGACUUCAAGUAAGAAUCUACAGUCUUUUUUUCUUUUUUACCGGACAGAGAGAAGUAGGGUAAUGUAGAUAAUGUGAGUUUGUAAAUGUUUUUUUUUUUGUUUUGUUUUUUUGUUUUUUUUCCUUUUUCAACCAAUCAGGGACCUUUUCCCCCAUGCACUGUUGCUGGGUAGAAUUCAGACGUUUAAGCAGAAUAAUUGCGAUAAAUGAAUCAAUAGGUUUAAAAAAAAUAAAAUAUGCUAUUUUUUAUUUUUUAUGUAAUUUGUUUUCCAACCAAUCACAGAUCUUGUCUCUCUGUUACCAGGUAGAAAAUAAAAAUAGUGUAUUUGUA